GAACCAUUGCGACGGGUCGGACUACGUACAACGCAGAGGGCCACCAUGACCCCCACGGUGACCCCGGAGCAGAGGCCCCCGCCCCCCCCUCCGAUGGACUGCUAAUUAUAGUUUGCAGGUGAGCAUCUACAGGAUGAUUGACGGCUGCUCCUCCUGAACCCCAGGAUGCAUGUGGUGCCGGUGGGCGGGGCCUCCUCCUCCCACCACGUCGUCCCCGUCGCCCUCACCUGCUCCUGGCUGCUCCUGCUCUUCCACGCCGCCUUCGGUCAGAAACCCGCCAAGCUGCCUCUGAUUGGCCGGAAGCCAUUCAUCGCCGCCUGGAACGCCCCCCUGGACAUGUGCACCAUCAAGUACAACGUCACCACCAACGCCCACCGCCUCUUCCACAUCCACGGCAGCCCGCGCGCCAACUGGACGGGCCAGAACGUCACCAUCUUCUACGCCAACCGGCUGGGCUACUACCCGCACUACACGCCGCAGGGCGCCGCCGUGCACGGCGGCCUGCCGCAGAACAGCAGCCUGGACCUGCACCUGUUCAAGGCCUACCAGGACAUCAAGCACUUCAUCCCCUCGGAGGACUUCCGCGGCCUGGCCGUGAUCGACUGGGAGUUCUGGCGCCCCCAGUGGUUCCGUAACUGGGACAAGAAGGACAUCUACCGGUGCAAGUCCAAGGAGCUGACCGCCAGGGCCUACGUCAACGUGACGGCGGCGCAGGUGGAGGAGCUGGCGCGGCGGCGGUUCGAGAAGAGCGCCAAGGCGUUCAUGCAGAGGACCAUCCAGCUGGGGACGCGCCUUCGCCCCAACGGGCUCUGGGGGUUCUACCUCUACCCGGACUGCCACAACUACAAGCUGCACGAGCAGAACUACACGGGCUUCUGCCCCCCGGUGGAGGGGCAGAGGAACGACGAGCUGCGCUGGCUGUGGAACAGCAGCACGGCGCUCUUCCCCUCCGUGGCCUUCAGGAAGACUCACACCAACAGCGCGGGGAACCUGCGCUUCUCCCAGCACCGGAUCCGCGAGUCGCUCCGCAUCGCCUCGCUGACCUCCAGGGAGUACGAGCUGCCCACCUACGUGUACCUGAGGCUGGGCUACCGAGACGAGGCCAUGGCCUUCCUCACCAUGAAAGACCUGAUCUACACCAUCGGGGAGAGCGCUGCUCUGGGAGCGGCCGGCUUCGUCAUCUGGGGCGACCUCAACCUGACCUCGUCCAGGCACAACUGCACCAAGGUGAAAGCCUUCCUGAGCCGCCGCCUGGGCCAGUACAUCACCAACGUGACGCGGGCCGCCGAGUUCUGCAGCGACUUCCUGUGCCGGGGAAACGGGCGCUGCGUCCGCCGGGACCCGCUCUCCCGCCACUACCUCCACCUGAGCACCGACAGCUACCGCAUCCGGCCCGCCGGCGACGGGGACUUCGCUGUCGCCGGGUGGCACUCGCAGCGCGAGCAGCGGCUGCUGGCCCAGAGGUUCCGCUGCCACUGCUACGAGGGCCACGAGGGCGAGCGCUGCGACAGCCUCAACGAAGUGGGGGAGGACGACGGGCCGCGCGGGGGGGAGGGAGGCGAGGACGAGCAGGACCGGCGGAGGACGGAGUGGGAGGACGAGCAGGGCGAGCGGUGGGAGGCGGGGGAGGGCGAGGCGCCGUCCACCGGCUGCAGCGUCCCCCUGACGCUGCUGAUGCUCCUGCUGGGCCUGUCCACGCGUCUCUGACAGGGACAGGUGUUCCCUUUCAACCCCUCCCUGACGGAGGGUGUCCCCCGUUAGGCCCAAAAUCUGCUUGUUCAGUGAUUCAAAUACAAAAACGAUGUCACCAGCUGGGUGAUUUACUUCCUCUCGUUUUCACUCCCAACUCGCCUGUUACCCUUCCUCGGCCAGGUGGUCAGAGGCGCCAUUCCUUCAAGUUCCGUAAGAAAGGAGAGACGUUUGUAACGGACGAGUUGAACAAACCGACGCAGGACUUUCUCGGAGGGGGGCCGCCGCCCUCAAUCGUUGCAUUUGAAGCCACGACCGCUUUCUUCCCAAAGUUUUUCUUUGGGAAGAAGGAAGGCGAUCGCCCACUUGACAUCACACGUGAAGUGUGUACUGCUCUAAUAUUAUUAAACUCUCUUAAAAACGAGUCUGUUCUGCACAAGUGGAGCGCAUUUUGUAGAAUGUCAUCGACUUGUCACACAACCUGUGUCCUCGUCCACAUGGAUGUGUGUAGACGUUUGUUUUACCUCACAGGAGAUGAAUGUCACCACGUGUCAGCCCGGAGGAACCAAACCCGCGGACCGCUUAGUUCUGAUGCACAGUACCGAAGGUACGACACACACACUGAGGAGGACGUAAAAGACGCACAAACAGCAGCUGAAUGUGACUCGGAGGCUCGUGGACAUAAGAAGGAUCAUCUGGUGCAAAGGCUUAGAGAGAGAUGACUGAUGCUGACUGAAUGAAGGUUAAAAAGGUAUUUGGGGAUAAUCGUUUGAUACAAAAGAGACCAGAAAACAUGCGGUUAAUGUUAGAAAUGAAAACAGAACAGGAGAAAUCAUGCGAGCGAAUGACGAAGCCGAGAGAGUUGGUGUAGAAAAGGAGAAGAGGAGGGGACCAAGGACGGAGCCCUGAGGAACUCCAGUAUAUAGAGGACAAGCAGUUGUGGAGGGUUAUUUCACCUUAAAUUAAGUUGAGUGUUUGUGUCUGUUUGAUUAUUAACAGUUUCCUUUUACCACAACGUCGAUCUUUCUCUGACCUUUUUCACUUCUAAUGACCUAAACUUUGCCAAAGGUUAACCGUAGAAGAGGAUCUUUCUUUUGACUUCUGAGCCCUUGUGUGGGUCGACUAUUAGAGCAGGACUCCCACCCAGCAGGACUCUGUUCAUGUCCCUUAUGUAACCAAAAGUCAUGUUCUAACGUACCAUCAAGGACACUUGUUUAUUCAGACUAGUUGGGUUUCUGUAACUUCGACCCCGAUUCAGUACGUUCAAAGCUCUCUGGGGAAGUUUCUGCACUACACGUUCUUUCUUCUGAAGAUUGUGAAGCUAAAAGGCAACGAGGGUUAUGAGCACAUGAAUGUAAAUGCACUGCAAAU